CAUCCUUAUAUUAAACUUGUAAAACAAUACAGAGGGUGGAGCUAUGAGUCCUUUUUAUCAGGAAGCUCUUAGCUGCUAAACCAGUUCAUCAAGUUAUUCAGAACAGACAUUUUGAGAAAAUGCACAAGAACCGAAAGAAAAUGCUUAAAAAUUCAUUAUUUUUAUAAAAAGGAGAGAACUGAGAAAGACUGAAAACUAAGGGGAAAAAAGGAGAUUGAGAAACAGAAAGAAGAACUUCAAACUGACAGUCUAUGACGCACAAUGGAGACAGGAGAGGACUCAGAUCGUCAUGAGUAUUGUACAGCUCUUCCAGAGAUAAAUGUUAUUAUAAUAGGUAGUAAAUGUGAAUACAAAUGCAAUGCAGCAAAUACCAUCCUUGGUCAGAAUGAAUGUAUAGUGGGAAGAGAGAUAGUCGAGAGUAAGAUGUUACAAAGAACGAAUCAGAACAGGUCAGUUACUUUGGUAAUGACACCAGGAUGGUGGAGGAGCUCCACACUGGCAGAGAGUGUAAAGUCUUUAAAGAUGGAGAUCGUGCACAGUUUAAAACUGUGUCCUGAUCCACAUGCCUUCCUUCUAGUCAUCAAUCUACACAAAUCAUUCACAGAAAUGCACCUGAACAGUGUGGUUGAACACAUGGAGAUUCUGGGUGAGCAGAUCUGGAAUCACACCAUCCUUCUGCUCAUGUAUAAUGAUAAAACACAGAGACAUGCCGAUAACAAGAAGCUCAUUGAGAGAGCAGGACAAGAGCUUGAUAUUGUAAUAAAGAAGUGUGGGAACAGAGUUCAUGUCUUCAAUUAUACUGUCAGAAGAGGGAAAUAUGUGGAAAAACUGUUUCAUGAGAUCGAGAGUUUGGUAGCAGAGCAUGAAGGACAGGGCUUCAAAAUUGACAGCAAAUUGCUUGAGGAUAUGGAGGAAAAGAGAAGAACUGUGAAGAAACGAGCUGAAGAGAGAGAGAGGAAAACAUUGCAAACCUUGAAAGAACAUUUACCAGAAAAAAGUUGUGAUUUUCCAGAGUUAAGGAUUGUCUUGAUGGGUAGAAAAAAUUCUGGGAAGACCUCAGUGAUGAACACUAUCCUGAAAAAUAAACAAGAAGUCAGCUGGACUAAAAAGUGUGAGAUGAGCGAAGGAGAGGUUGACAAGAGAAAAGUCAUUUUGAUCGACACUCCUGGAUGGUGGCCGUACGCGUCCGUAAAGGAGACUUCAGAGCCAGUCAAGCAGGAGAUCAUGUCAAGUGUUACGAUGUGUCCACCAGGACCUCAUGCAGUUCUGCUGGUUCUUCAGUCUGGCGUCGCCUUCACUGAGGCACAAAGAAGGUCUGUAAAGGAGCACAUGGAGCUCCUGGGUCAAAACGUCUGGAAAUAUUGUAUGGUUGUGUUCACUAAGGGCGACUGGAUGGGGACGCCUACAAUUGAAGAGCACAUUGAGAGUGAAGGAGAAGAUCUGCAGUGGCUGAUCAACAAAUGUGGAAACAGGUAUCAUGUACUUAGCAAAAUGCAUGAUGGGAAACUGGUCAGAGAGUUGAUGGAGAAAGUAAUAAUGAUGGCCAGCGUGAACAAUGAUCUCCUGAAACCUGUGGAAGGAGGAAUGGGGGAGACUGACAGUGGAUGGGCAUCUAACAUGUCGGACCUAGACAGAUUUGAGAGAGGAAGCUUACUUAUGGAUCCACCUCAUAUGGGAAAAGAAUACAUUGCAAAAUGGAUUAUGGAAAAUGAGUUUGACUACGACAACGUACCAGACGUUUCUGAGGACAUUUCAGAGGAUGUCAAACAAAACUAAUUUCAUGGCUUCCAGAGGAAAUUACAGAAAACAAAAUUAAAAAAAUGAAGAAAAAAAUAUAACACUGCAUGAAAUAAUUUUUACUCAUCUGCAGCUACAUAAUGAGAGCAGAAUGGUAAACCAUUUACUUGCCAAUUUAAAACAAAUUUGAACGGUAAAAAAUGGUCUUGACUUUUGCAACCAGCUUUACUAUUUAUGCCAUCAACUGAACCUCAUGACAGACCUACUCAUAAUGUUUGUAAUGGUGUCACACAAUUAUGCAUAGUUAUUUUGACUGAUAAUAUACUUAGUGUGUAUGUGAUUUUGUAUUUGCUCUUUCAUUAUUUAUAUAAAAAAAAAAACAGGAAAAUUUGCUUGAUUGUAUUCUGCAAAAUCCACAAACUUGUCUAUUUACAAAAUACAUUUCAGUUUUGUUGUCCUGAUGUAUCUGUGUCUGCUUUAAUUCAAUAAAUAACUGCUAUGAAUAA